CGUCUCCUAGCGGAUUCGUAGCCUCCUAGGGGAUUCGACCGCAGCGCGCGUUUUAAUCAAGCGGAGAAGCGUGGAAGUAUUUGCUUAGACUUGUAGAUGGGUGCACUAACCUAAGAGAGAGCGCACGCGGUUUCGGCAGGUUCCCUGAGUUCGAGACUACCAUCCCCGCCAGUCUUCCUUCGCGAGAAAAAGCGGCCGUGUCGAGCUUUGUUGUAGACUUUUGUGGUUAGUAGAGAUCAAAAAUUGUCUUGAUUGAACACUUUCUGCUUUGACCUGUAUACUGAAUAGGCGUUUCAGGCAGUUACGACGCAAUAAGUUUUCCGUGAACUAGGUUUUCAUUCAUCGCGUUGUAGCAGACCAUUUCGGAACUACUUGCCGCUAUUUCGACGUUAGACGUGACUGCUUCGCCUAGAGCAAUUUGCACGGUAAAACGUCACUUCUUGUUUUACUGAUGGAAACGAUGUGCUGUUGUACAGUUGUGUAUGCAACGUAAUACGGUUCUAGGGAACAUAAACGCUAAAUAUUGAAGCUCUCCAAAGGCAAUAUGUAGCUGUUUGAAUAGCAAGGAAGCUUCUUUUCUAUGUUAUUUUCCGACAGUGCGGAUAUUGCGUCAGCAUUGUCGCUGCUGUGAGGUCAUGUGACGCAUGUGUUUGGCUCCCGUCAAAACAAGAGUGAACGAGCGAACGUAAACGCGGAUGCAUCGUGACGCGGACGGACAGUGGUGUUCCGCUUGAUUCUGAACGGUAGGGCACGUACGGACCUCGUUUUCUUACCUGCUGCGUUAGCGAAAAAAGGUUGCCGAGGAACGCCGCCGACGCCGCCAGUCACAAUUGAAUGUCGCAGGAGACGACCGCCGGAGCGAGGCCUAGAGCGCUCGCGAGUUGACGGCGGGCGUCGAUCGUGUUCGGUCGGACUUGCCACCGCGGAUACUUUGAUGGCCGAUGGUCCCGUUCUGGGUUCGCCAUGUAAGUCACGGACCCGAUUGGAAAGUCGACACCCCGGAAACGGGCAGCAGGAACCAGCAUGAGUGCCAGCGGUCUAGGCGGCAGCGGCGGCAACACGCUGCGGCGGUCUGCGGGCUCGUCGGACCCGGGCGUCGCUGCCGCCGCGGCGGGCGAGGACGCGGGCGUCGAAUGGCUCUACGAGAUCCUGCGCGAGGUGCAGCUAGAACAGUUCUUCAUGAAGAUCCGGGACGAGCUGCAGGUGACGCGGCCGCGCCACUUCGACUUCGUCCAGACCGAGGACCUCGAGAAGAUCGGCAUGGGCAAGCCCGCGGCGCGUCGUCUGCUCGACACGGUCAAGAAGCACCGCGCGUCCCAGUGGAAGCGGAACCUGCUCAGCCGCCUGCUUCCCGUCAGCGUCAAGGCCCGGGGCUCGUCCUCGCCGCAGCAACAGCAGCCGUCGGUCGUGAUCGGGGCCUCGCCGACGGGCGACCUGAGCACGCUGACGUGCCUGAUCAACGAGAAGGACGUGACGCUGGCGAGCAAGCUGGGCGACGGCUCGUUCGGCGUCGUGGUGCGCGGCGAGUGGGACGCCCCGGACGGCCGCACCAUCCCGGUGGCCGUGAAGAUACUCAAGGAGGACGCCCUGUCCCAGCCGGGCGCCUUCGAGGACUUCAUGAAGGAGGUGAACGCGAUGCAGCAGCUCCGCCACCCGAAUCUCAUCCAGCUGUUCGGCGUGGUGCUCAGCGCGCCGCUCAUGAUGGUCACCGAGCUGGCUCCACUGGGCUCGCUGCGCGACUACCUGCGCAAGCAGUGCCGCCGGCUGCCGGUGUCCCGGCUCGUCGAGUACGCCGUGCAGGUGGCCAACGGCAUGGCGUUCCUCGAGUCGCGCCACUUCAUCCACCGCGACCUGGCUGCGCGCAACGUGCUCCUGGCGGCCGCCAACGCGGUCAAGAUCGGCGACUUCGGCCUCAUGCGCGCCCUGCCCAGUCACGAGGACUGCUACGUCAUGGCCGAGCAGAAGAAGGACCACAAGGCCGAUGACCCGACUUGUGAAGUGCGAAAAGCAGCUGAUAAAGCGAUCAGAGAAGCGGCCUACCUGAAGCGUUUACAACAACGUGAGGACGACAAACAAACGAAUACAGUCACCAUCGCAAGCCGAAGCGCAAGCCCAAAACGCAACUCCGACAACAUAUCGACAGACAGAAGCCGUCAACAGUCGCGGGGCCGCUGUCCAUCCAGGGGCCGCUGUCCAUCCAGGGGCCGCAGGCAAUCCAGGGGCCGCAGCCGAUCCAGGGGCCACGGCCAGUUCGGGGUCCCCAGCCAGUCUGGGAACUACAGCAAGUCCGGGAGCCGCGUCCAGUCCGGGGACCGCAGCAGGCCCGGAGGACGCAACCAGUCUCCGGAUCACAGCCAGACCCGAGGCCGUGCCCGAGGCCAACAACACGAGCAACCCACAAUCUAG